GCAACCUCGAGACUUGCCUGAUAUAGAGGCCCCUCCAAAAGAAUCCAAGGCAGCAGAACAAGAGGCCAUCGCUCUCCCAUACUGGCCUCAAGACACAGAGAGACUUGCCUGAAACACACACACACACACACACCCAAUAGUUCCCCGCAGCUGACGGCUGAGCUCUGCUUGAGAUUUUCAGCCGCAGUGUUACAGGUAGGGAUCAGGCAUGACUGCAAGGAGGGCUGCUUCCUCCGUCCUCUCUCGCUGCCUCCUGGCAAGGUCUUCUUCUUCUUCUGCUGCUGCUGCUGCUGCUUCUUCUCCAGCCAGUAAAUCCGCCCUCCACGGAGCAGGUGACGGGACUCUUCUUCGCAGGUUCGGUACCGCACCGGCAGCCGCCGCUGCCGCCACCGAGGAGCCAAUCCAACCCGCAGUGGAGAUCAAGUACACCCAGCUCCUCAUCAAUGGCAAUUUCGUCGACGCAGCUUCUGGGAAGACGUUCCCGACGAUGGACCCGCGCACCGGCGAGGUCAUCGCGCGCGUCGCCGAGGGCGACAGCGAGGACAUCGACCGCGCCGUCGCCGCCGCCCGCCGGGCAUUCGACGAGGGGCCGUGGCCGCGGAUGACCGCCUACGAGCGGUGCCGGGUGCUGCUGCGGUUCGCGGACCUGAUCGAGCAGCACGCUGACGAGAUCGCGGCGCUGGAGACGUGGGACAACGGGAAGACGCUGGCGCAGUCGGCGGGCGCCGAGGUGCCCAUGCUGGCGCGGUGCAUGCGGUACUACGCCGGGUGGGCGGACAAGAUCCACGGCCUGGUGGUGCCGGCCGACGGCGCGCACCACGCGCAGGUGCUGCACGAGCCCGUCGGCGUCGCCGGGCAGAUCAUCCCCUGGAACUUCCCGCUGCUCAUGUUCGCAUGGAAGGUCGGCCCGGCGCUCGCCUGCGGCAACACCGUCGUCCUCAAGACCGCCGAGCAGACGCCGCUCUCCGCGCUCUACGUCGCCAGCCUCCUCCACGAGGCUGGACUCCCCGACGGUGUUCUGAACGUGGUCUCCGGCUUUGGCCCGACGGCCGGCGCCGCGCUGUGUAGCCACAUGGGCGUGGACAAGCUCGCGUUCACCGGAUCGACGGGCACGGGCCAGAUCGUCCUCGAACUGGCGGCGAGGAGCAACCUGAAGCCGGUGACCCUGGAGCUCGGUGGCAAGUCCCCUUUCAUCGUCAUGGACGACGCCGACGUCGACCAGGCCGUCGAGCUCGCGCACCACGCGGUCUUCUUCAACCAGGGCCAAUGCUGCUGCGCCGGGUCGCGGACGUUCGUGCACGAGCGCGUGUACGACGAGUUCGUCGAGAAGUCCAAGGCCCGCGCCAUGAAGCGCGUCGUCGGCGACCCCUUCAGGAAUGGCGUCGAACAGGGGCCUCAGAUCGACGAGGAGCAGUUCAAGAAGAUCCUGCGGUACGUCCAGUCCGGCGUCGACAGCGGCGCCACCCUCCUCGCCGGCGGCGACAGGGCGGGCAACCGGGGGUUCUACAUCCAGCCGACGGUGUUUGCCGAUGCCAAGGACGACAUGAAGAUCGCUCGGGAGGAGAUAUUCGGGCCGGUCCAGACCAUCCUCAAGUUCAGCGGCGUGGAGGAGGUGAUCCGGCGGGCGAACGCUUCGCAGUACGGGCUGGCGGCGGGGGUGUUCACGAGGAGCCUGGACGCGGCGAACACGCUGUCCCGGGCGCUGCGGGUGGGCACGGUGUGGGUGAACUGCUACGACGUGUUCGACGCGGGCAUCCCGUUCGGCGGCUACAAGAUGAGCGGCGUCGGCAGGGAGAAGGGCGUCUACGCCCUCCGCAACUACCUCCAGACCAAGGCCGUCGUCACGCCCAUCAGGGACGCCGCCUGGCUGUGAUCCGGGCCGCCGCCGCCCGAUCGUCGCCAGCGUCGACGCUCGCCGGUCGUAUGAUCUCUGAUGUACUAGAAGAACAUGGACGACGGGACACCAGAAAAUGUGGCGAAUAAUAACAGCCGGUUUAGUUGCAACACCA